CAAAUGGCUGGAAGGGGAUGACGUAGGCAACGGAUUGGGCAGGGCACUGGCCAAGGAGGAACUGCAGAACUUUUUAUUUUUCCUGCUGGGAAGGAAAAGAAGAAAGAGGAAAAGAUGGAGGGGGACAGGCUGUCGGUGCCCCAAAACACGGAGGACCGGUCUCAACGUAGCAGCAUCUCCUCGGCCGGACCCCGAAAUCACGACGUCCUGGUGUACCUCGUCGACGACACGGUAGUGCGCUUAACGGUGGACAACCUCUCCUCCGUCACGGCACAGGAGUUGCACCACAUCGUGUCGAAAACCUUGCAGCUCCCAGAGGAUGCGCACGAAAUCUUUGCCCUGUGGCUGGUCUCUCCUGUUCUUGAGCUGCAGCUGAAGCCAAAGCACCAGCCGUACAAACUUUGCCGUCAAUGGCAGGACCUCCUCUUCCGAUUCACCAGCUGCUCUGCCGACGACAUCCUCGAAGACGAGCCAUCACUCCAGUUCCGACGGGACAUCUUUUUCCCGAAACGGAAAGAAGUGCAGAUCCAAGAUGAGGACGUCCUUCGGCUCUUGUUCGAGGAGGCCAAGUACAACAUCCUGGAAGGGCGCUACCCGUCGGAUUUGGCCGACUGCGAAGAGCUGGGGGCUUUGAUCUGCCGCAUCAACCUGGGUCCCUUCAACCCCAAGCAGCACACGGCCUGCUUCUUGAAAGAGCGACUGGACUCCUUCUUGCCUCCCCAUCUUUGCCGACGGGGCCACGGCCUCCUCUCCGCAAUUUGGAAACGUGGGGCCACCCGACUGCCUGCCGACGAACAGGGCCUUCUUCGCGCUUUCCAGCAGGUUCCAGAGGAAGACGGCGCUUGUGAAGACCGUGCCGCAUUGCGCCAGCUUUACCGGGCUUAUUUGCAGAAGUGCCACCUCCUGCCUUACUACGGGUGUGCCUUUUUCUCCGGGGAAAUUGACAAGCCGGCCCAAGGCCUCCUUCACCGGGGCGGACGCAAAGCCGUGACGGUCGCCAUCAGCUUGGAAGGCGUCUACAUCAUCGACAGCAAAGAAAAGCAUGUCUUACUGGGCCUACGGUUCCAGGAACUCUCUUGGGAUCACACUUUUCCAAGCGAGGAGGAGCACAUUUUGUGGCUGGAGUUUGACGGGGAGAACGAAGGCACGCCAGUCAACAAGCUGCUCAAGGUCUACUCCAAGCAGGCUGAGCUCAUGAGCAGUUUGAUCGAGUAUUGCAUUGAACUGAACUCGUCUUUGGAGGGACAGGAUCCCGAACCCGCUCCCCGGGAAGCUCCUCCUUCCUCCGAACCCCGAAAACCCCCUUUCAACCGGCAGCCCCACAAACUGCAGCGGCAGAACAGUGUGACCUGCAGCCGCAUCCAGCACCUUGCAACCAUCGACUACGUGGAGGAAGGGAAAGAAAUCAAGAGGGUGAAACCCCGCCGGACCACCUCCUUCUUCGGCCGCCAACUUUCCAAUGCGCCCACUUCCUACUCGGCCGUCCGAGCCGCCGAAAACUUGGAACAAGGCUGAUAUCCUUUUGGAUCAGGGACGAUGGGACCAAGCAUCCUUUGCUUCGGGAUAAAGACUGAAUUGCCAACACGUUGAUUGUCACUCUCUCUUUUUCUCUGCCAGAGUUCGAUCAAAUCAUCUCAAGUCGGCUGGCGUAUUACAAAGUUUGAGGGCUAAAAACUCCCCGCAAACUUUAUUAUUUUGGUCCAAACGUGUGUCACUCUUAUGUGCCUUAUUCUGUUUUGUGGAGAUCCUGGAAAUGACUGAUCACCCUUUGGCUGGCCAUAUUUACACUGUAUUGUCUUAUUCUUAGGGAAUGGGAUUGUUGUGAUACUUGCCCUGAAUCCCAAAAUGGAUUUAAGUCUUUUAAGUCAGUCUGGGGUGGGUUUAUGGCUCAACAUAGCAUGCAAGUUGUACACUACUCUGAGACAUUGGGUGGGAAACUUAAGAGGAAAAGCGUCAAAAAGGGUCUGUGGAUUUGGGGGAAUCACGGCUUUUCAAAGAGCCUUAAAAAGGAGAAAGAGGGUAUUGUGCUAAGAUUUGAUUUUGAAGCGGAAACUUUGGGAAAACUAGAUAUGUAUAGUCCACCCUUUCUGGAGUGAUGUCUAAAUUCCAACGUCAACACAGACCCAUCGUAACUAAUGUAUAAUAUUGGCAAAAUUUGCAAGGCAAAGGUGGAGGAUUAUGGGAGUUUGAGUCCAACUACAUCCGGAAAUGGAUCCGAACCAAACUUGACAACACAGACCAAACUUGACAACACAGACCUAUCACGAUCAGCAUAAAAUACCAGUUGAUUUUGGGGGCAUUGAUAGGGGAUGGUGGGAAUUGUACUUCACUCACAUCCAAUGGGAUUUCUAAUGGGACCAUUCAUAACAUUCAAAACCAAAUCCAUGACUAUUUCUAAUAUUUUAUCACUACAAAAUACUAGUAUUAAUAUAUAAGCAGGAGCGGAUUAUGACU